AUGGGCUGCGGCGGCUCCAAGAAACCGGCGCAGCCGAAAGUGUAUGACCCCACUCCCGAUCCCAUUACAGGACUGACUGAGAAGGACCGGGAAAUGAUUGUGGACAGUUGGAAAAUUAUAGGGAGCAGGAGCGCCAUCAAACAGAACGCGUUGGAGUUCUUUUUGAUGCUAUUUGCAGCGUACCCAUAUGUUCAAAACUACUUUGGAAUUUUCAAAAACAAACAACUUUCUGAGCUGAGGACCAGUCCGAAGAUGCGGGUGCAUGCCGCCAGUGUCUUUUACUACAUUAACUCUUAUGUUGAGAACAUCGAGGACACGGAAACCUUCAUGGGCCUGGCCGAGAAGAUGGCCGUGGCCCAUAUUGCGCGAGGCAUCACGGUGGAAGAAUUUGAGAAAGUAAGAAUCGUUUACGUGAAGUUCCUGCCAACAGUUUUAGGUAACAAGUGCACGCCGUCGUUGGAAGCGGCAUGGGAUAAACUUCUCAAAACACAGAACGCAGUGUUCAUCAUGUUGGCUGAAGAGGGGUCUAGUGACGGUGAUGGAAGUGGAGGAGCAGAGAGUGGGAGCGGAUAA